AUGCAAUCAAAUCUGACAUUCCAUAACAUAAGUCUCUCAAAUGUAACAGAGAUGCGAAAAAUUCAAAGCUAUUCAAAUGUUACCCACGAUUUUUGAUAUGAGUAUCAUUGCAUGACUGACUGAAAAGAAUAUUCAUUUCUAUGCUAUUUAGACGACAUAUGUGUUGGGUCAUUAGUUGCAAGAUUUAAAAAUAAAACUUCAAAUCUUUAUAUCAUGGAUUUUGAUGUCGCCCUUGACUAUAAAAGAAUGAAAAUAGGCAGCAGAAUGAUGGAACAUCUUAAAGAAAUUGCUUCUAAAAUAUCCAAAAUUAGCAGCAUAACACUUCAUGUGUGGACAAGCAAUGAAGCCGCAGUUAAUUUUUAUAAAAAUCAAAACUUCGAAAUUGUGGCCCAGUUGGAUAAUUAUUAUUAUGAAUAUCAACCGACAACUGCUUUUGUGUGUGAGUUUAAAAUCAAGAGAGACACAAAUUGUCUUAAGGACUGUCUUUUGUUUUGAAGCAAUGAAGAGAGCCAAUCGCUAUAA